UUAGUAAACCCAAUAACCAAGAAGCCCAAAACCCAAACCUAAUUCCCCAAACAAACCAACAGACUCGUGCUUCAUCCAAUUAAGCCUCUCCGACGAUGCAGAUCUUCGUAAAAGAGUCGUCCGAUACCAUCGACAAUGUGAAAGCCAAAAUCCAAGACAAAGAAGGAAUCCCACCGGACCAGCAACGUCUCAUUUUCGCCGGCAAACAGCUCGAAGACGGCCGCACUCUAGCUGACUACAACAUCCAGAAGGAAUCCACUCUUCACCUUGUUCUCCGUCUCCGCGGUGGCGCCUUGCAUUGCUCUCAAAUGGCGAAGCUCAUCUUCCUCUUUCUCACUCUCAUUCCAGUUCUCUGCACUUCCUUCUCUCCUGAUAAACCCUCAGAUCGUCGCAUCCUUGUCUUAGUUGAUGAUUUUGCAGUCAAAUCUUCACAUUCUCUAUACUUCAAAUCUCUCCAAUCUCGCGGAUUCGAUCUCGAUUUCAAGCUCGCCGAUGACCCCAAAAUCGCGCUCCAGAGAUACGGACAGUAUCUCUAUGAUGGAUUAGUUUUGUUUUCCCCAACAAUUGAACGUUUUGGUGGAUCUAUUGAUGCUGCUGCUAUUUUGGAUUUUGUUGAUUCCGGUCAUGAUUUGAUAGUUGCUGCUGAUAAUAAUGCAUCUGAUUUAAUCAGGGAAAUUGCUACUGAGUGUGGAGUGGACUUUGAUGAGGAUUAUACUGCUGUUGUUGUAGAUCAUGCGGGAUAUGCAGUCUCCUCUACUGAAGGGGAUCAUACAUUGAUUGCUAGCGAUGAUUUCAUUAAGUCUGACGUGAUCUUGGGAAGCAAAAAAAUUGAGGCUCCGGUGCUUUUCCAGGGAAUUGGGCAUUCAUUGAAUCCUUCUAAUAGCCUGGUGUUGAAAGUUCUAUCAGCAUCUCCUACAGCUUUUUCUGCCAACCCAAAAUCUAAGUUGACAAGUCCUCCAUCACUACUUGGAUCUUCAAUCUCAUUAGUUUCAGUUAUACAGGCUAGAAACAAUGCUAGGAUAUUGAUCUCUGGCUCAUUGAGCAUGUUCAGCAACCGAUUUUUCAAUUCAGGUGUGCAGAAGGCAGGCAGUCCAACCAAACACGUCAAGUCAGGCAAUGAGCAGUUCUUGACUGAACUUAGCAAAUGGGUUUUGCAUGAAAGAGGUCACCUCAAGGCGGUGAAUGUGCAACACCACAAAGUCGGGGAAACUAAUGAACCAUCGAUCUACAGGAUCAAUGAUGAUUUGGAAUACUCUGUUGAAAUUUAUGAGUGGUCUGGGACAACAUGGGAACCUUAUGUUGCUGAUGAUGUUCAAGUUCAAUUUUACAUGAUGAGCCCCUAUGUCUUGAAGAAUUUAUCAAAUGACAAGAAGGGUCGUUAUUUCACAUCGUUUAAGGUUCCUGAUGUCUAUGGGGUUUUCCAGUUCAAAGUUGAGUAUAAUCGACUUGGAUAUACAAGCUUAUCUUUAGCAAAGCAGAUUCCUGUUCGUCCUUUCAGACACAACGAAUACGAGAGAUUUAUCGCAUCUGCCUAUCCUUAUUAUGGGGCAGCGUUUUCGAUGAUGGCAGGUUUCUUUGUCUUCAGUGCUGUUCAUCUUUACAACAAGUAGAUCAUUGCAUUGCACGAAGUUAAUGUAGUCUGUAACAUGGGAGCUGUACUUAUAUUGAGAUUGAAAAUUUUGAUUAGGCAAUGAUAGAAAUCAUAAAACAGGUGUUUCUAACAUUAAUAUAGACUUGUUACUCUUAUUAUUAUUAUUAUUCUGUCAUUUGAUUUUUAGUAUUUAGUUGUGAACAUCAA